AUGAGGCUUGCAGCGUUCUUUUCUGUGGCGGUAGCCGUUGCGGCCAUCAACACAACCCAGGACCCUUUUGAGCAAUGGCGUGGGCCCGAGGCAGGCCAUGUCCGUGGGCCAUGCCCAUUCCUCAACACCUUUGCGAACCACGGCUUCUUACCUCGUUCCGGCAAAUACAUUACCCAAAAAGACCUGGCUGACGGUCUCUUCAACGCCGUCCAUUUCGAUGCGAACAUCUCACAUUUUCUGUUCGGUUUUGCUGUCGGGACGAAUCCAGAGCCCAAUUCCACCUGGUUCUCGCUUGACCACCUGAGCCGUCAUAAUGUGCUAGAGCACGAUGCCAGUCUCUCCCGCGUCGAUGCCUACGUGGGACACGCCGAUGUCUUCAACCAGCAAGCCUUUGAUGAGACGCGGUCGUACUGGGGCGACGUGGUCAAUGUCGAAAGCGGCACUGCUUCCAUCAUCUCCCGCAUGAGGACGUGCAAGGCGGCUAAUCCAAAAUACUCGCUGUCCGAACUUGGUGAGGGGUUCAUUCUAGGAGAGACAGCUGCCUUUAUCUCUAUUCUUGGAGACGCACAAUCUAUUACCGUGGACAAGAAGCUUGUGGAAUACCUGUUUCAAAACGAACGUUUACCUACCAAGCUAGGCUGGAAGAGAUCUAGCACGCCGUUCACUACCGACCUCCUGUUGGGAAACCUGGAUAAAGUCCGUUUGGAAUACAACAAGCAACUGAAAUCAACAUUGCAGAGAAAGCGAAGCGGGGGCUUUCACUUAAAUGGUAUGGUCCAUCAUUGGCGCUAA